CCUCUCCAUCUCAUCACUUCAUCUGGUCUACAGACUGGACGCACCAUCUCACGCUCCGGGAAUGGGAUCUUUACUGGGUUCAAAGAAAAACUUCGAGUUCUUUCGAGUUUACGCUCUCCAGAAGCUACUUUUCAAACUCCAGGGAUAGUUGUUACUGCAAGUGCAGGGUGACAGCAGCAAAGAGUCACUGGCCAAUGACUUCCAAGACGCACCAGAAGUUGUGAGGGGUUCCAGACGCUAGAAAUCAGUUUAACACAAUGAAGUGGGCUCUCUAAAUUUGAUGACUAGGCGAUUGUAAUAAUUUCAGGUCACAGUAACUUUAACCGAGGCGUGCGUAAAAUAUCUGUGCGUAAAGUUGGAGCAGUUGGCGGAUCAAAUUCAGUUCUAGUGGGACCGCUAAUGCGAGAAAAGAUAUCAUAUUUGUUUGAUAUAAAUCGGUGAAAAGUGUUACUACAUUGACAGCCAUGGCAAAAUGGUUCAGAGAUUUUCCCAUCAACCUAAAGAACGGAAAUGAAAGGGUCCGUUCGGCAUCUGAAUCUGGUCCACAAACUCGACCCAAACCCUCGUUUUCUCGUGACAGUCUGAAAGGAAAUCAGCGUAAAGAUGGGGGAGUGGGGGCUUUACUGGCAGGGAGAAAUAGGAAAAAUUCGGCAACAGAACUGGGUCGUAACAACGCUGGUUCUGGUGGGACUGUCUGGGAUAGUCUCACAACUGGAAAAGGUCGCAAGAUCUCCAAGGUCGAGACUGGAACAUCAGAUGAGAACCGCCAGGUCAGGACCUCUAGUUUGGCGCAGGCGUACAUCAGCAGGAUGAUCAAAGUGGACAAACAAGACAAGGCCCCCAAACUCAACGGGAUAAGUGAACAGAAGCAGCCCGAGAACGAAAAGGGAAGGUCUGACAUUAAAACAACGCUGAUUAUCCUGGAGGACUACGCAGAUCCUUUUGAUGCAGAGAAAACCAAGGAGCAGAGAGAGGCUGAGAGAGCAGGAGUGAAUGAUGGGUACAUGGAGCCCUAUGAUGCCCAGGUCAUUAUCACAGAGGUUCGUAGACGGGGCUCCAAAGACCUGCUGAAAGUGUGUGUUCUGCUGGACCGAGGCCAGAGAGAGGGGAAGGGAGAAGAGGGAAAGCCCAAGCCCCCAAAUAUCUACGACACACCAUAUGAGGGCGGGCUGGAAGGCGACAGUGGGGGGGUGUGGAUCCCUGUCACACGGCCAGAGUCUGACGUCCGUCCUGCUGGAGAGUACGAACUGCCCUGGGAGUGGAGAAAGGAGGACAUUGUUAGAGCGCUGUCAGCUCAGUUCGAGGCAGUGGAUUGUUCUCCCACUAAAGAGAGCGGUUCAACCUCUGUCCGCCAGCAGCAGCAGCAGCAGCAGCAGCAACACACCCUGCGGCAGAAGAACUGGAACAAUAAAACACUUGUACCAUCUUCUCCAUCCUCCCCCUCUUCUCCUUCCUUUCCCUCCUCUCCUAUUCUCAAACUCUCCCCUCUCACACCCCCAUCUCCCUCUUUCCCCACCCUCAAACUCUCAUCCCUCUCACCCUCUUCUAGUCCUAACAAGCUUUCCCCUCCGUCUCCUACCUCCCUCAGUGCCCCACUGGAUGGGGAGGCAGCCAAAGCGGACCCCAGCCUGCCCCUGGAGAAGCAGAGCUGGUACCAUGGCAGUGUGAGUCGGCAGCAGGCUGAGGCUCAGCUGCAGCGCUGCAGGGAAGCCAGCUUCCUGGUGAGAGACAGUGAAUCAGGAACCAGCAAGUACUCCAUCGCUUUGAAGACCAGUCAGAGUUGUGUGCACAUCAUUGUGGCCCAGACUAAGAGCGUUAAGGGCUUGGGCUUCACCCUGGAUCAGAGCAGCUGCGUCUUCUCCAGUAUCCCUGAGCUGGUCCACCACUACUGCACACACAGGCUGCCUUUCACUGGAGCAGAGCACAUGACUCUGCAGCAUCCUGUGCCCAGGCAACACUGAACAUGCGUAAAGGACAAGCAAACACACUGGGACAUAAAUACAUAAAUGAGACUUGUAAUACGCAUGUAUGCACAAAUGCACACACAUUAACUUGUUAAUACAUCCACACAUACUCAAAGAUAUGCUGCUUUGGAUUGUCCUGUGCACUUCAUUAAUGUAUCCCUUAUAUCCCUUCCAGGCACUGACUAGUGGUCAAAGUCAUACAUUACAAUAAACUUUGAUCACACUGGUAUAGUGGUAAUUCUUCCCAAACUAAAAUCUACACACACACACACACACACACACAAAAUCUCCUCAUGGGAUGCCCUUAAACAGAGGUGCUAGCAUCAUCAAUUAGCACCACGCCAUCCAAUUACGCUUUAUCUGUGAGAUGAAUACACCUGAUUAGAGUGUAUUCAUUCAUCCAUCUGACAUGUCAGUCAGCCUAUCGAUCUAACCUGAAAAUCAUUUGCCAUCACUCUCUCUGUCAAGAGAAAGAGCUUUAUUGAUUAGAUAAUUAGAACUAGUGUAGUGGGAAGGGUCUUUUAACAUUACAGUACCUAGUCAGCAAAAUUGUUUGAGUGUAACAGUGCAAAAUAAAUAUGUGAAUAUCAUCGUCCAUUCUUGUGCCUUCACUGUAAUGUAACACAAGGUUGUUGUGAUUAAAAGACUAUCUUACUUUUGUGAA